CAACACUUAUCUCCGUUCGGUAGACAUAGAUCAGUCAUUGCUGUGUUUCAAUCUCAAUUGCAUCCUCGUACCCAAACAGUAAUCGCAUUUUUCACAUCAAUUGAUUGACACCAUGUUCAAGAGCGCGCAAUCGAAGAUCAUCUCCAGAGGUCCAUUGGACCCCUCAGAAGCCAAAUGGGCCCGCCUGGUCAAAACAACCUACUCCGACCCCAACGGCGUCGAGCGCACCUGGGAAUCUUCCGAAAGAACGACUCGCCCGGAGACCUGUGAGAUUGAUGGCGUUGGAAUCGUGACCAUCCUCAACAAGGAGACCGGCCCAGAGCUGCUCCUGCAGAAGCAAUACCGGCCCCCAAUUGACAAAGUCGUCAUUGAGGUUCCAGCCGGGUUGAUCGAUGCAGGUGAGACGGUGGAGGAGUGCGCCGUGCGGGAACUCAGGGAGGAGACUGGGUAUGUGGGCGUGGCGGAGCAAACGAGCAGUGUCAUGUUUAAUGAUCCUGGGUUCUGCAACACUAACCUGAACAUGGUCCAUGUCCGGGUGGAUAUGUCCCUGCCUGAGAAUCAGAACCCCAAGCCGGAGCUGGAGGAUAAUGAGUUCAUCGAGUGCUUCACGGUGCCCCUGUCGACGCUGUUUGAGGAGCUGAAGAGGCUCGAGCACGAGGGUUACGCUAUUGAUGCCCGGGUGGGUACGAUAGCGGAGGGGAUCGAGCUUGCGAAAAGGUUUAAGCUUUGAGGUAGUUGUUGUAAGAACAAGGCUUCGGAUUACAGAUGGUCUACGCCCCGACGUUACGAAGCCCUCGAGGGCGCAUCAACGCGAUGGCGGCCCCCCUUUAAGCACGGAGAGAGGCAUCAGCUGCCGUGGUUCUAGACUCUAGAGUUUCCCCUCCUCUUUGAGUCCCCUGUACAGCGCCCAUGCGGCAAGGGUCUUCCCAUCGCGCACACCUUCCUUCCAUAGAUCCUUUA